AUGCAGUGGGUGGGUCUCGUCAUACUGCUUGACGAGACCCAGGACAUCAACAAUCAGCUGGGCACAAGGCUCUCAGCUGUCCCACGCCGGUGGAUAGCCACGCCAGCGGACGAGGUUGUGGUGGUGGCGGGAACACCUGAUCCAGCCCGAGGUUCGGAUCAGCUUGAUGCUCAGGAGCUGAACCGUACAACGGAACAGUUGCAAGAUGACCUGGCUCAUGAACGGACUCGGCGUUAUGAGCUUGAGGAUCUUGUGAGGGAUAAUUAUAAUUUCCUAACGUACGUUCGUUCGGACGAUCGUGCCGCGUUUGCGUUUGCACAACUUGAGAACGAACGUUCGACUCGUUCUCUUCGUGACGAGCUGGCUGCUGCUCGUCGAGACAUCGCUGAGCUGCGUGAACAGUUCGCUUCUGCUAGUCGACCAGACUAG